CAGAGCUGAAUCGAAAAAUUAAAAUGCCCUGCUUUAGACGUUAGAAUUGGGAAUUGGCAGAAUACUGAGUACUUGAAGAAACCUUUUACUAUUUAGUACUUUCUGAAGGUGAAUUUUUAAAACAAUAUAAACAUAUAUUAACUUCAUCGUUUGCUAACAAAUUUUAAAAGGUUUCAUAAUAUAAUAAGUCAUUUAAAAAAAAGGUAAAGCUGAUAGAAAAAAAUCUUACCAAGAAUGGCUUUGGUAUUGCACUACGAUUCCCAGAAGGUCUUGCAUCGGUAACCAUGGUUCCCGAUCCCUCGUCGUCAUCUUCCAGGCCAAGCCGUUGCCGCAGCAACCGAGGUCCGCGGGGAAGAAAACUGAAGUGAGAAGGCCAACAUCAUUCAAAUAUAAAAACUGCUAAAGAGCGAAGAUGGGUCAGGAUUACUACAACAUUUUGGGCAUUAUUAGAAAUGCAAAAGACGCGGAUAUUAAAAAAGCGUACCGAAAAUUAGCCCUAAAGUAUCAUCCAGACAGAAGUACAGAUCCAUGUGCAGAUGAGAAGUUCUUACAGAUUGCAGAAGCCUAUGAUGUUCUGAGUGAUUUAAGAAAAAAAGCUACUUACGAUAAAUUUGGAGAAGAGGGCUUGAAGGGAGGCAUUCCCCCUGAAUUUGGUGAAACUGGCGCUUGGACAACAGGAUAUACUUUUCAUGGCAAUGCCAACAAAAUCUUCAGAGAUUUCUUUGGUGGAGAUAAUCCAUUUGCAGAUUUUUUUGACACGAAAGGAGAGAUAAAUCUUGGAUUUGGAGGGUUACGAGGACGUGGAGUUAAGAAGCAGGAUCCUCCUAUCGAACGGGAGCUGCAUUUAUCUUUAGAAGAUUUGUAUCAUGGAUGUUUGAAGAAGAUCAAAAUCUCACGCAGGGUUAUGAAUGAAGAUGGUCACACUUCAAGCAUUAAGGAUAAGAUCCUAACCAUUCAAGUUAAACCAGGCUGGCUGUCAGGAACCAAAAUCACAUUCCCAAAUGAAGGAGACCAGGGUCCAAAUAAUAUUCCGGCAGACAUAAUAUUCAUUGUGAAAGAGAAAUCACAUCCAUGGUUCUGUCGAGACAAAAAUGAUCUCAUUUACAAUGCUCCUAUAUCGUUGGCAAAGGCUUUAACAGGUCACACUGUGGAAAUUGAGACUCUGGAUGACAGAAUUCUCAGUAUCCCAAUCAAUGACAUUGUCCAUCCUCAAUACACCAAGGUCGUCCCAGGAGAAGGAAUGCCUUUAUCCAAGGAUCCAUUACAAAAAGGAAAUCUUGUCAUCCAGUUUAAUAUCAAAUUUCCAGAUAAACUCACGCCAGCAAAGAAGAAACUGAUUAAUCGAGCGUUAAAUAUUUAAAGUCAACGUGGCAAGAAGAACAGUUAUUAUCAUGUCAAGAC